AUGCGGGCCCUCGGAGACGUCCUGCGGCACCUCCUCCUGCUGCUCACCCUCGGCCCGAACGGCCAGGCCCUCACCUGGCACCGCGCCCCCCCGGGCCAGCCGGACACGCCCGAGAAGCCGGGCUGCUACCUGUGGUCCCCCUCCGGGUGCCCGAAGAUACCGAGGGUGCGCUUCGACGCGUGGGCCCACGACACCCGGGGGGAGGCCAAGUUCGGAGCGGCGGACAGCCCAGAGGUGUGCGAGGUGGUCCGGAGGCAGCAUUUCGCAGCCGUCUGCGGCACCGACGACAUGCAGGCGUGCUUCGUGCCCAGUGGGGGGUCGAAGCUGCCGUGCGGCAUGGCGGGUGCGCUGGCCUCCGAGCAGCGGCGCGGGGAGAACAGCAGCGGCGUCGGCCGUGGUGCGCUCUUUGCGGCUGCCGCCUCGAACAGCUCUGAGAAGCGGCUCGCUCCCUGGGGUGCCGCGGGGCCAGGGGUGGAGGCGGCUUCGGACAAGAUGGCAGCGGAGAAAGUGGCGGCGGUGAUGGAAGAAGCGAAGGCUGAUGAAGCGGAAAUGACAGCGGAGAAGGUUGCGGCGGAUGCGGAAGAGGCGAAGGUCGCGGAGGCCGAGGUGGCAGCGGCGACGGAAGAGGCGACGGUCGCGGAGGCCGAGUUGGCAGCGGAGAAGGUGGUGAAGGAUGAAGAGGCGAAAGCCAGUGAGGCUAAGCUGGCAGCGGAGAAGGUGGCGGAGGCGGAGGAGGCAAAGCCCAGUGAGGCUAAGGUGGCAGCGGAGAAGGUGGCGGACGCGGCGGAGGCUGAGGCCGAGGAGGCUGACGUGACGACGAUGCCUACGAAGGCCAGUGAAGCUAUCAAGGCGUCAUUCCAGGCGAAGGCUGCGAAGAUGAAGGCGGAAGAGGCAGAGAGGGCGAUGGAGGCCGCGAAGGAGGCGACGAAGGCUGCCGAGGCUGAGGCGGACGCGGCGGCGAAGGCGGCCGAAGCAGAGGACACGAAGGCCGCGGCGGUGGCGGAGGCGGUGAAGGCGGCGGAGGCGGUGAGAAUGGCAGCCGAGGCGGCGCAGGCACAGGCGGAGAAAGAUGCCGAGUCUGCGAGGGCGGCAGCAGCGCUCAAGCUGCGGGAGGCGUCGGCAGCGGUGAAGGCGACCCAGCAGGAGGCGGAGAAGGCGGCGGACGCGGCGGCGGCGCUGGAGGCAGCAAGGAAGGCGGAGGCAGAGGCGAGGCGCCAGCUCGCGGCCCUCGGGCCCACGAAGCUGGAAGUGCGAGCCGACCCGCUGGAGCGCCUCGCGGGCGCUCCGGAGCCAGCUGCGGCGGAGCCAGCGACCCAUUUGGUGGAGCCCACCGAGGCUGUGCCAGAGCGUGCCGCGAUGGAGCUGGCGAACAUGUCGGAGCCAGCUGUAGGAGAGGCUGAGUCCGCCGCUCUGGAGCCAGCGGCCACGCUGGAGCCCGCCACGGCAAAGUCAGAGGUUGCCGCGCCGGAGUCGGCCGCCACGCCAGAGCCAGCCGUGGCAGAGCCGGAGCCAGCUGCGGUGGAGCCCGCAGAGUCCGCGCAGGAGCCUGCUGCAGCAGAGCCGGAGCCCUCUGUGGAGCGGGCGGCCGCGUUGGAGCCCGCCACGGCAAAGCCAGAGGCUGCCGCGCCAGAGUCGGCCGCCACGCCAGAGCCAGCUGUGGCAGAGCUGGAGCCCACCGUGUCGGAGCCCGCAGUGUCCGCGCAGGAGCCAGCUGCAGCAGAUCCAGAGUCCUCUUUGGAGCGGGCGGCCGCGCUGGAGCCCGCCGCAGCAAAGCCAGAGGCUGCCGCGAUGGAGUCGGCCGCCACGCCAGAGCCAGCUGCUGCGGCAGAGCUGGAUCCCACCGUGUUGGAGCCCGCAGUGCCCGCGCAGGAGCCAGCUGCAGCAGAGCCGGAGCCCGCCGCUUUGGAGCCGACAGUCGCUCUGGAACCCGCGCCCGAGCUGGCCACGGCCUCGCUGGAGGACGUCGCAGCCGCGCCCGCGGCCAUGCCGGAGCCCGCCAGAGAGGAGCUGGCGGCCGUGCCAGAGGCCGCCGCCGUCGAGCCCGUCGCGGCCGCACCAGCGGCGGCUGAGCCGGUGGAGGGGAUGCCUUCAGAGGCCUGGGAGGAGAAGAGCCUGCCCCUCCUCCCGGAGACCGCCGCAGAGGAGAAGCCCUGGGAGGAGGAGAGGCCCUUUGAGGCACCUCCGGAGGCCGGGGAUGGGCAGUCCGCCGCGGAGCCGGCCGCGGUGCCGGACAAGGAGGAGGCGCCCCUGGACCCGCAGGCUGGGACGGAGCCCGGCUCGGAGGAGCUGGCCACGCCGGCGGUUGAGAAGGAGGCGGCGUCCUUGGACCCGCAGGCCGGCUUGGGCCUGGGCUCGGAGGAGCCGGCCGAGCAGACGGACGAGCAGGAAAGGCGCCUCUGGACCCGCAGGCUGGCGCGAACCCGCCGGCGGGCGAGGAGGAGGCGGCGUCCGUGGACCCGCAGGCCGGGACGGGCCCGGGCUCGGAGGAGCCUGCCACGCCGGCGGGUGAGGAGGCGGCGUCCCUGGACCCGCAGGCCAGCACGGAGCCGGGCUCGGAGGAGCCCGCCACGGCGGCGGGUGAGGAGGAGGCGGCGUCCCUGGACCCGCAGGCUGGCACGGGCCCGGGCUCGGAGGAGCUGGCCGAUUCGUCGGAGGAGAAGGAAGAGGCGUCCCUGGACCCGCAGGCCGGCGCGAAGCUGGGCUCGGUGGAGCCGGCCACGCCGACGGACGAGGAGGAGGAGGCGUAUUUGGACCCGCGGGCCAGCACGAAGCCAGCCUCGCAGGAGGAAGAGGCGCCUCUGGACCCGCAGGCUGGCGCGAACCCGCCGGCGGGCGAGGAGGAGGCGGCGUCCCUGGACCCGCAGGCCAGCACGGAGCCGGGCUCGGAGGAGCCGGCCACUGCGGCGGGUGAGGAGGCGGCGUCCCUGGACCCGCAGGCAGCUGCGGCGCCUGUGGCGCUGGUGGACACGAGGGCGUUCGCGCCUGCAAAGCCGGGUUGCUACAUCCUCUCGCCGGCGGGCUGCCCGCGCAUGCCCUCGUUCAAGCUCGCCAGGUGGACCCACGACUACUACGGGGAGAAGCACCUGGAGGAGCGCUGGCCAACCGGGCCGUGUGCGAGGUCGAUCGGAGGGCGCACUUCGCGGACUUCUGUGGGGUCCCCGAGAUCGAGGCGCUCUUUGUCCCCGCGUCCGAGUAGGGAGCCCCUUGUCUCAA